CCAGAGAAAUCAGUCAUGGAGUCUCAGGGAACCCUCGCACUUGCUGGCAAGCGGACCAAGGGCGCAGAUGUUCGUUCCCAGAACGUGCUGGCGGUCAAGGCUGUGGCCAACGUGGUCCGGUCGUCGCUUGGCCCGACUGGGCUCGACAAGAUGCUUGUGGACCAGAUUGGUGAGGUGACCAUCACCAACGAUGGCGCCACCAUUCUUCAGUGCCUUGACGUGAAGGAGCCGGCGGGGCGUGUGCUCGUCGAGCUGGCUGGUCUGCAGGAUGCUGAGGUCGGAGACGGAACGACGUCUGUGGUUAUUCUCGCCUCCGAGCUCCUCGAGCGGGCCAACGAGCUCAUCAAGUCCAAGAUUCAUGCCACGACCAUCAUCUCGGGCUUCCGCCUCGCGACACGGGCGGCAGUCAAGUACAUCGAGGACGUGCUUCAGUCUGACGUAGACGCCAUGGGCGAGGACGGCCUGCUCAACGCGGCCAAGACCUCGAUGUCGUCCAAGAUCAUCGGCAACGACUCGGACUUUUUCGCCCGCAUGUGCAUCGACUCGAUGAUGGCGGUGGGCAACGAGUACGGCAAGUACCCGGUGGCUGCGGUCAACAUUCUCAAGGCGCACGGCAAGUCGUCGCGCGAAUCGUUCCGGGUCAACGGCUACGCCCUCAACGUGCGGCUCGGCUCGGAGGCGAUGCCCAAGCGGGUGACCGACGCCAAGAUUGCUCUCCUGGACUUUAACCUCCAGAAGGUGCGCCUCGGCCUCCAGGUCCAGGUCCUCAUCUCGGACCCGGAGGAGAUGACGGCCAUGCAGACGCGUGAGGCCGACAUUACCAAGGAGCGUAUCCAGAAGAUCCUGGCGGCCGGCGCUAACGUCAUCCUCACCACGGGCGGCAUCGACGACCUCUGCCUCAAGUACUUUGUGGAGGCUGGCGCCAUGGCCGUCCGCCGCUGCUCCAAGGUCGACCUCAAGCGCAUUGCCAAGGCCACCGGCGGCUCGGUCAUCCUCUCCAUGGGCGACCUCGAGGGCUCCGAGACCUUUGACCCGAACGACCUUGGCCAGGCCGGCAUUGUCGAGAUGGAGCGCGUGUCGGACAACGAGAUGAUGGUCAUCCGCGACCCGCUCUUCACCAAGGCCGCAUCCAUCGUCCUCCGCGGCGCCAACGAGUUUAUGCUCGACGAGAUGCACCGCUCAGUCCACGACGCCCUCUGCGUCAUCAAGCGCGUCCUCGAGUCCAAGCGUGUUGUGCCUGGUGGCGGCGCCGUCGAGACCGCCCUCUCGGUCUACCUCGAGAAGUACGCCACCUCGAUCUCGUCGCGCGAGCAGGUCGCCAUCGCCUGCUUUGCCGAGGCCCUCCUCGUCAUCCCCAAGACCCUCGCCAUCAACGCCGCCAAGGACUCGAUGGAGCUCGUCGCCCAGCUCCGCGCCGCCCACUCGGAGGCUCAGGCUGCCGGCGGCAACCCCGCCCUCGCCCACACCGGCCUCGACCUCAAGACCGGUGCCGUCCGCGACAACAUGGCCGCCGGCGUCGUCGAGCCCGCCAUGGCCAAGGUCAAGGCCAUCAAGUUUGCCGCCGAGGCCGCCGCCACCAUCCUCCGCGUCGACGACAUCAUCCAGCUUACCCCACCUCCCUCCGAGGAGGAGAUGCGCCGCAUGCAGCGCGGCGGGUAAGUUAUCUCUUUAACAAACUCUGUCUGUACACCUCCAAACACGCA